AUGGCAUCAGCAUCUGCGAAACAAACUGCAGAGGGUUCAAAAGUAUUGUCCUGGAGGGAGAAGAGGAUAAUGAACGCGAAGCCCGCUGUUAAUUUGGUGCUGAGUUCCGUAUCAGAAAUCAUCAAACGAAGUACAAACGACAGCUUCAGGAGGGCGUGUUUCGAUUUGAUGAAGGUAGACAAUCGCCUGGACUUUGAAGUAGCUCUAAGGCAUCAUAUGAUCAAAAUGAUCAAAAUGAGGCAUGGUCUGGACUUGGAAUCAGACAACGACACAGAGAAACAAAAAAGUAUAUGUGAUCAAUCCACUACGUGUACCAUGGCCCCAGAGAUGAAUAACUCAAAAGAUAUUAGCAGAGAAAAAGUGAAAGUGAAACGUGAAAAGCCUAAUAUAACAGAAGUUAUUGAAAUUAGUGACAAUGAUGAUGAUGAGGAUAAUGAAAAUGAUGACGAUGCAGAUGACUUGCGAUUUUUCUAA